GUUUGUGUGUGUAACGGUAGGAUAUUCAGGCCUCGCGCACACUAUUUCUCCAGCAGCCGACAUUAUAAAUAGAAGCUCGGAGCGCGGACGCUUCAUGAGACCUGAAUGUGGCUCGAUGCGGCACUAUAAUGAACGUAUUUUAAACACAGGAAAAGCCUUUGUUUCAUUCAUAAAAAGAAACACACGUCGGCUCCGGACGCCCAUUUGAGUGCUUAUUGAACCUCGCUGUUGAAGACUCCCUUUUAAUCCUGUCUUAAUUGGCGGUUUGUAGGUCCGUUCGGUUUAAAAGGGAGAGAACGAAAUGUCGGGUCGCAGCAUCACGUAUGGCGGUGAGAGGACGUGAGCAGCUCGAGGACACCGUCGAGAAGAUGCCACGCGCCUUGCGCAAGCUCGUGCAUCUCGUGCUACUGUGCCCGCUUCCCAAGGGCCUGCAGUCCCGUAUGCCUGCAGUGAAGGUGAAGUACCUGAUGGUGGCAUGGUUGGGUGUAUUGGUGACCAGCUGGGUUGUCUACAUACAGUACUCAUCCUACUCUGAGCUGUGCAGGGGCCAUGUCUGCACAAUGCUCAUUUGCGAGCACUACCAUAAGGGGAUUAUCUCUGGUUCUGUGUGUAAGUCUUUGUGUGAAGAGAAAACUCUAACUCUGCAACGCUGCCUCUCCACAUCGCCUACACAUCAGGUAUACAGUGCUGUGUGGAAAGAGAAAGCAGUUGUAGUAAAGUGUGGAUUGCAUGAUGCUCAGCGUGAUGCCAGUCUCUAUGAUAAACCCACACGUGGCACGUCCAUGGAUGAAUUCCGAGAGAUGCUGCACUCUUUUCUCAAGAACAGUCUGGGUGAACAGCUUUCUCUUGGCUCACUUGUCUUGCGUAUUGUCUCACUGGCUGAUGUCAACGCGGAUGGCAAAGUAUCUCUAGCAGAAGCAAAGUCAGUGUGGGCUCUACUGCGCAUUAAUGAGUUUGUCUUGACUCUGGUGCUACAGGAUAAAGAGCAUGCACCACGUCUACUGGGGUUCUGUGGCCAGCUUUACACCACAGAGCAUGUGGCCCACAGCACCCUCUUCAGUGUAAACAUACCAUCCUGGCUCCAACCCCUUGUGCCCAAAGCUCUAAGCAGUUCGCUAAACCACUGGCUGGCUCCAGCCUGGCCACGCCGUGCACGAGUCGCAAUUGGACUGCUAGAGAUGGUCGAGGAACUCUUCCAUGGUGCCUAUGGCACAUUCUACAUGUGUGAAGCCACCCCCCAGCGAGUGGGCUACAGCACCAGCUACGACUGCAAGAUGCCUGACCUGGGAGGUGUGGUACCGGAAGCAACCGUUCGGGCAUUCAUGAGAGGACGAGCUUGUCAAGUAAACACUGACUGCACAUUUGGGAGUGACUGCACAGCCACUUGUGACCGCCUGGCUAAACAGUGCAACAUGGAAGUGGUGCGACCAAAUUUGGCUAAAGUUUGUGCCCUCCUGAGGGAUUUCCUAUUUUUUGGGACACCAUCUGACUUACUGGAUGACCUGGACAAGCAACUUCGCACCUGCAUGACACUGAGUGGCCUGGCCUCGCAAAUGGAGGUGCAUCACUCACUUGUGUUAAACAACCUCAAAACACUGCUAUGGAAGAAGAUCUCAGACACCAAGUAUUCUUGAUCAAAAAAUCUUGAUAAGGUUGGUCAAAGCAUGUACACAGAAACAUGGAAGGAAUUCAGUAUACUGAAAGGAAACUCCAGUAUAUUGACCAGCAAUCUAUCAUUCUAGAAGUGUAUUUGAAUGAACUAGUCUUGAGCCAUAACCUUCAGUAAAGAAGCUUUAGUAAGAUAUCUUUAAAAGUGUGCCUCAGGAGAUCUCUUUAAUGAACCAGACAUAUAGAGAACAAAUGGGCUUGUUUUCUUCCCAUAAUCCCAGAUUUUACUACUUACUUCUGCAGACUUAUAUAAAUACAAAAUAAUAUGGGGUAGUUUUAGAUGUUCUAAAAACUCUCUCUCAGAUAGCCUGCAUUUUUCCCCAUUCAUAGUUCCCAAAAUAUGUAGUUAAUAUUCCAACAUUGGCUGUUUUUACCUUAAUAUCUAUAAGAAACUGAGCAUAUUUGUCUUUGGCAAAUGUUAAGAAACAAAAUGUAGAAAAAAAUAAAUAAACACAAACAUAAAAAUAAGAAAUCUAAAUAUUAAAAAGGGGUUACAAAAAACAUAUCUAUAAUUGGUGACCAGCCGUUGCCAUUAAAAGGGGGUUAGUAAAACUCAGGUUUAAUGUUGUGCAGUUUAAUUGCUGUGAAUUCUGCACAUUCUCUCAUUCUUUGGCUCUCAGUUGCUUUUGUCUCUCAGCUGUCUGUUAUCCGAAAUGUGGUCUUUUAAUUAUUUAAACAAUUAUUUAAUUAUUAAUAAUAGAAUUAUUUUAAUUUAAUACGUUAUUUACUUAAGGCAAUCAAAAAUGACCUGUAAAAUGACUUUUUUUGUGAAGUGAAUAUUUGAAAAUCAAAAAUUUACUCUUUUCUCCCUGUUGUCACAUUUUGUAGAUGGAGAUGCAAAUACAGCCUAUUCGUUAUCAAGUCAAACGAAAACAAAAGGAACAAAGUGGAUGUAAGAACCUUGAACAUGAAUUAAGAUUACAAGGCCAGAAACACAGACUAGAGACGAUAAUAUUUCACACAAGAUAAAUGCUUUACAAAGAAAACACAAAAAAUAGUGUUAUUAAUUACUGAAACAAGACACAGGAACAGAUAAUCAUGCGGGCAUACUUUAUGAUCAAGUCAUGUGAUGUGCUCGGGGUGAUGAGAAAUCUCUAGUUUCUGCCCCGUUGCUGGGGCUGACAUGACACCUACACUCUAAUGUAGAAGAGACAAAGAGAAAAUUUUUAGUAAAUGUUAGAAUAGUCAAAGUGUUCAUGAGUAGCUAAUAUUAGCAAAAUAUUCUCCAACAGUUUAAAACAAAAGAAGGCGGUUAUAACACAAACUUUCCUCACAGGGCAGUAUGCAAAUAUGCAAAGAUACUUUCCAGGUCAAAGGUUUACAUGGCAGAUAUUAUAUAUUAAUAAAUAUAUUAUCCAGUUAGACUGGACAGAAAUUUUAUUCCAGCUAGCUUCAGUGACUUGACUCUAUUACAGUAGGUAUACACAGGUAUAGCUUUUAUUCUGACUGAUCUCAGUUAAAGAAUUAGUGGAUUAUUGUGUUCCCUGCAACCUCCUGAACUCCGCCACCCCCUGCCUCUCUGCAGCACGUGUCAAAGUUUUACUGAAAUACAGUUUGUGUUCUAGUUGAAAUGUGGACCAGCAAAAUAGUUCAGGAGCAGUGGACUUAUUUGUAUGGAAAAGCGACUCUGUGGUAUUGUGCACAUUAGAACAAAUUUAAUACUUAAAGAUAUUUCAUACUUUUUUUUAAUUAAGUUGUGAAACAUAAUUUGUGUUUGUGUGGCAGGCUGUCAUUAGUAUUUUCACUGCAACAUAUGCUGAGCUCCAUGUCAUUUUUGAUUAUACUAAGUGGUGAAGCAGAGUUUAUA